AUGACUUCUAAGUAUUCUCGAACAGUCUGUACUGGUGAUUCAAGAGGUAGAGCUUAUUCAAUGACCAUCAACGGAUGUUUAUUCCAUAGAGUUGAAGGCAUGAUAGCUCAAGAAAAUGGUCAAGAGAAGUUUGCAGAAAUUUAUACACUAGAUUCAGAUUUCGCUACAAACCCUCACAUUGAAUCGCUUAGAGGUGUUCUUCAAAACGAUGAAGAACAAAAUAAACUUGAGGACUACAUUAGGAAGAUUGGUGAGUUUCUCUCUCAACACAAUUGUUAUGCACAAUUAUACUCCGCUAGAGAACUUGUUCAACAGGAAACACCAGAGAUGAGAGUAACUAGAGGAGAAAUUAUCGUGGAAUUUGCGAAUAUUGAACUAACAGCACCAACAAGCCGAGAACAUCAAAUUGCCAGAGGUUAA